AUGGAAAACAUGUCAGAGGAAACCCACGGCGAAAUGACGGAUCCACAGCACGUCCACCUAAGGUAAGGAGAAAAAAACGGUUCAAGGGGUCCCUGUGUGAAGGUGUUUCUAUAAAACCGCGCCUCAACCUUUUUCUUUCUGCUCCUUUUCAUUCACAUGAAAAUUUUUCCUUGUUUGUAUUGAAUGUGUCAUAUACUAACAGACUGAAAUAAAGUAUGUACACAGCGCCCUAACUUUAUUGAAAUGAAGUCAUGUGUUUGGAGGUUAAGGCUCUGUUUGUGUAGAUACCAACAGUUUGGGUCGGGUCAGAACUGCUGACAUUCAUACAGCUCAUUCAGACGACUCAGAGAAUGAGAGUAUUUGGAAUUUUCCAAUAUUUAUCAUGUCUCAGAUUUGUGCACAUCAGUUUGUGAAUGACAGAUAUUGUACAGAAAGACUUAGCUUUCAGACCCUUUACAACAAGAUCUUCAGUGCUUCUCAUCUUUUUCUUUUAGCUUCCCAUCUGAAAGCUCUGUGGAGGAAAUGGCUCAAGACAGACCAGAUCAAGAUGAGACAGAGAAAACGGAGAUUGAUAACAGCAUCAUACAGAGACUUCAAGACAGACCAGAUCAAGAUGAGACAGAGAAAAAGGAGAUUGAUAACCGAAUCAUACAGAGACUUCAAUCUGGCUGGAUAGGCACUCUUCAUGUCGUUUUCCUGGUGCUGCUUUUAGUCCUAAUCACUGUCAUUGUUGGCCUGAGCAUCAAUGUUAAGCAGUUACAGAAAGAAAGGAGUCAGCUGAGACAGCUUCUAGAAUCAACACACAUGGGACUGAACCACACCAUGGAAGUAAAUCAAAAAGUGAGCCAGAGUCUGAACUUCACCGUGGAAGAAAAUCAAAAACUGAGGCUGAGUCUGAACUACACCAUGGAGGAGAAUCUGAACCUGAGCCAGAGUCUGAACAACACCAUGGAAGAAAAUCAGAAAUUGAGCAGAAGACUAAACUACACCAUGGAAGAAAAUCAGAAAUUGAGCCUGAGUCUGAGCUACACCAUGGAAGAGAAUCUGAACCUGAGCCUGAGUCUGAACAACACCAUGGAAGAAAAUCAAAAACUGAGGCUGAGUCUGAACUACACCAUGGAAGAGAAUCUGAACCUGAGCCUGAGUCUGAACAACACCAUGGAAGAAAAUCAGGAAUUGAGCAGAAGACUAAACUACACCAUGGAAGAUAAUCAGAAAUUGAGCCUGAGUCUGAACUACACCAUGGAAGAUAAUCUGAAACUGAGCCGAAGACUCAACCACACCAAGGAAGAAAAUCAAAAACUGAGCCUGAGUCUGAGCUACUCCAUGGAAGAAAAUCAGAGACUGAGCCGAAGACUAAACCACACCAUGGAAGUAAAUCAAAAAGUGAGCCAGAGUCUGAACUUCACCGUGGAAGAAAAUCAAAAACUGAGGCUGAGUCUGAACUACACCAUGGAGGAGAAUCUGAACCUGAGCCAGAGUCUGAACAACACCAUGGAAGAAAAUCAGAAAUUGAGCAGAAGACUAAACUACACCAUGGAAGAGAAUCUGAAUCUGAGCCAAAGAUUAAACCACACCAAGGAAGAAAAUCAAAAACUGAGGCUGAGUCUGAACUACACCAUGGAAGAGAAUCUGAACCUGAGCCUGAGUCUGAACAGCACCAAGGAAGAAAAUCAAAAACUGAGCCUGAGUCUGAGCUACUCCAUGGAAGAAAAUCAGAGACUGAGCCGAAGACUAAACCACACCAUGGCAGAAAAGUCACAGCUUCAAGUGCAGAUUGAGGAGAUGAAAAAUCAUAUUGAAUUCUACUAUGGAAAACCGUGA